CAGCUGUGCUCACACUAAUCACCACUCUAUACUCUUCAUUCUCUCUUCUUCUUCUUCUUCUCCUUCUUCUUCAGUUUCUGGCUCUGGCUCUUUUUCUUCCCUCAUUAGGGUUUCUGGUGUUUUUCUCUCUUUUUCUCUGUAUGUUUUGCCGAGAAACAAACAGAGAAAGAGACCCUUUCAGUUUCUGACUCUGGGACAGUGAAUCCUCGGACAUCUUGAAACUGAAAAGAAAAUACAAAGAAAUCAAAGAUCUUAACAUCAUUAAAACUUUAUUUUUGCUGCUUCUUUUCAUUGGAGAUGGAGAGAUCUAGAUCUAAGAGGAACUACUACUAUGACCAUCACGAUUAUGAUAACGAGACCACCGUGGGUAGGACCAAACCCAGGUACAACAACCACCACUACACCCCCAGUAGCCACCGUCACCGAGGCAGCAGCUCCACUGCCAACAACAACCGCCCAUCUAAGCACCAACAAGACCCGUCUUUGAUGGUAACCACCACCUACCGCAUUCUUUGUGACGAUAUGAAAGCCGGUGGUGUAAUUGGCAAGUCUGGGAGUAUCAUCAAGUCCAUUAGACAACACACCGGCGCAUGGAUUAACGUGCACGAGCUGAUCCCCGGAGAUGACGAGCGAAUCAUCGAGAUAUCCGAUACGCGGCGGCGGGACCCGGGGGGACGAAUGCCUGCCUUCUCGCCGGCGCAGGAGGCGUUGCUCUUAAUACAUGAUAGGAUUCUUGAAAGUGAUGCUCUGGUUGCUAUGAACGGCGGCGGUUAUGGAAAUGAAGAGGAGGAUUAUGGGGGUAGAGGAAGCAGAGUGACGACGAGGUUGGUGGUGUCGAGAAUGCAUGUGGGUUGCUUGUUGGGUAAAGGAGGGAAGAUAAUUGAGCAAAUGAGGAUUGAGACAAAGACCCAUAUUAGGAUUUUGCCUAGAGAUCAUACCUUGCCUCGCUGCGUUUCCAUGUCUGAGGAGAUUGUUCAGGUUGUAGGUGAUGCGAAUGCAGUGAAAAAUGCUAUAGAAAUUAUUUCAUUGCGCUUGAGGGAGAGUCAGCAUCGUGAUCGAAGUCAUGGAAAUUUUCAUGGGAGACUACACUCACCAGAACGAUUUUUCCCUGAUGAUGAUUAUAUUCCUCACAAGAAUAACACAGCACGUCGUUCAUCUGUAGAUGGGCCUUCAUUUGGAUCGCGAGUAUCUACCAUAAAUUACGGAAGCGGUAACUAUUCCUCCCGACAAUCUGGUUAUACAGUUGAUGGUGGGCCUACCAUGGCUGACAGUGCACAGACCUUUAACAGUGAGGACCUUGUGUUUAGAAUGCUUUGCCCUACUAACAAGAUUAAUAAAGUUGUUGGAGAGACAGAUGGGAUAGUAGAUUUGCUUCAAAAUGAAAUUGGUGUUGAUGUAAAGGUUUCUGAUCCUGCAUCUGGGUCAGAUGAGCAGAUUAUUAUUAUUUCAUCUGAGGAGGGUCCUGAUGAUGAGCUAUUUCCAGCUCAAGAGGCUUUGUUGCAUAUCCAAACUCGUAUUGCUGAUCUUGUUCCAGAUAAAGACAAUAUAAUAAAAACAAAGUUACUCAUCUCUGCUAGUGAAAUUGGAUGUUUCGAGGAAAGAGAUGGGUCAUUAGCUGAGAUGGAAAGAUUAACUGGAGCAAAAAUACGGAUCCUGCCAAGGGAAAAACUUCCUGCUUGUGUAUCAGGGGCUGACGAGCUUGUACAGAUUGAAGGGGAAAUCAAAGCAGCACGAGAUGCUCUUGUUGAAGUGACAUCAAGAUUAAGGAUUUACUUAUACAAGGAGUUCUUUCAAAAGGAUUCGCCACCGCCUAUUUCUCCGCUCGGAAUGGAGGCAGCUUCUCCAAAUAACACAACCCCAGCUUGUGACGAUCAUAGUGGAGGUGAACCUCUUUCUGCAACCUAUCAGAAUGUGCGGUCUGUGGCAGCAGCGGCACAACAAUCAAAGGAUGCUGGAGGAUCUAGGACUGAGAAAAUUAAGCAGAAUGACAUCGAACGCCGUGAAGAGAUGCCUACUGCAAUAAAUAGAAUCCCCAAACCGCUUGUCACUAGGAGUACACUUGAAAUUGUCAUACCGGAUCAUGCAGUUCCCAAGCUUGUAACAAAAUCAAAAAACAAGCUUGCACAGAUAAGUGAGUUGUCCGGAGCCAAUGUAACCCUUGUAGAAGAUAGACCUGAAGUGACGGAAAAGAUAAUUCAAAUAUCAGGUACUCCAGAGCAAGUAGAGAGAGCUCAGAGCUUGCUUCAGGGCUUUAUAUUGAGCACACAAGAAGAUGGAUCUUAAGCUAGUCUGUGAAGCAGUUAAGCUGGCUAUAAAUGGGAAGAGCCUCUCAUAUUCAUCCUGAAUUUAAUUUCCUAGAUGAGAGUGAGUAGCAUUUUGUCUCUUAAUUUUGGCAUGGAAUGGUUUCCAUGUCUUUACCGUGUAUGUUGUUCUAAAUGUGAAUUUUCGAAACAAGAGUUUCAAUGUAAAUAAAUAAAACUUGAGGAACUCUGGCUUUGUUUUAAUGCAUAGCUUCAAUUUUCAUGUAUCAA